AUGGGCAACUCUCAGUCUUCUAGGCCAACCUCAUCUCACUCCAAGCCUCGCCAUACCAUAACCCGCCAACGCUCAGCCGUAUUCUCCAAGCUGAGCCUCGGCUGCACGUCAGGGAAUGGAUCUAUCCUAGGUUCUGACACCUCGAACGAAACGCUUAGUCUCGUUAACGAGAAGGCGGCAGCGUUUCGCGAGCGCGAGAACGACACUCAGCAGCACCAGCAUAACUACCGCCUUCGAGGACAGGAAUCUUACUCGUCGCUGGCGUAUUCUCCUCCCUCAGACCUCGCCCAAGACGAAUCUACAGCAGCCUAUAACUACUUCCUUCGCGCCUUCCCUGAAUACCAGCUAACGUGGAUUCUUGACACUUUACGCCGAACCGAUUACUCCAGGCUCGAGCGAAACGGGGAGACUUACGUCGACUAUAUGGGUGGUGCGCUCUACCCAGAAAGUCUGAUUCGCGUGCACACCUCCUUCCUUAAUGACCACAUCCUUGGUAACACACACUCUGUCAGCAAUAGCUCCCAACUCUCUGCGAAGUGUGCCAGCGAGGCAAGAGAGGCCGUCCUUUCGUUCUUCAGAGCACCACCAGAGUACACCGUGGUCUUCACUGCGAAUGCGACUGCCGCCCUCAAGUUAGUUGGAGAGGCGUAUCCCUUUGCGGCUGGAGGCUGCUACGUUCUGAGUGCGGAUUCUCAUAAUAGCGUGCACGGCAUUCGCGAAUAUGCCACUCACCGGGGAGCCCGCAUCUGCUAUAUUCCUGCUACUCCAACAGGAGGAGUGGAUACCCCGACGUCGAAGAAUUUCCUGCUGAAGAAUAGGCCCCGAUCAAAGGAGACAGCUCCUUGCUUGUUCGCCCUUACUGGCCAAUCUAAUAUCACGAAUGCGAAGAACUCACUGUCGCUGAUUGAAUACGCUGGAUCUCUUGGAUACCACACCCUUCUGGACGCAGCGGCUCUUGUCCCUACCUCCGUCUUCUCUCUUAGCGAAACCCCAGUAGACGCGAUGGUCGUUUCCUUCUACAAGAUGUUUGGGUUUCCUACCGGAGUUGGGGCCUUGGUCGUAAAGAAGUCCUUCCUGGCUCAACUCGAGCGACCUUGGUUCGCCGGUGGAAACGUAGAUGUGGUACAGGUUCCUGGAAAUAUCGUAACACGCUCGCAUCACCUACACGAACGAUUCGAGGAUGGGACUAUCAAUUACCUAAACCUACCCGCCGUCGUUGACGGCCUGCGCUUCCUCUCCGCAUACCUUCCGUUCCUGCCCCUGCGAUUGUCAUCUCUCCUCCACUAUCUGACAAGCAGCCUAACCCAGCUGAAACACGACACAAACGGAGCGCCAGUCGUUCGAAUCCUCUCGCGAUUACCAAAACGCCGCCUGAUGACUGUCGGGGAACAGGCUGAUUGUGGCUCAAUAAUUUCCCUUAUAUUCCUAUCUCCAUCAGGGGACAUGAUCCCUAACUCCUUUGUCGAAUACGCGGCAUCAAAGGAAUCUGUUUCACUACGAACGGGCUGCAUGUGCAAUCCUGGCGGAGCCGCUGCGAUUCUAAGCAUCCAAGACGAUAUGAAGCAGUUAUAUCCCGGCGUCACCCUGAAAGACUUCGAGCAUCACGUCGGGCGAGAGCUCGGCGUCGUGCGAAUUAGCUUUGGACUAGCCAGCAACUUCCAAGACGCAUGGAGGGUACUGAAAUUCGCCUCAUCGAUAGCGACAGAGAAAUCGAGACAGGAUCUAUGGUCUCAAUGGCUUCAAGAAAAAGAAAAGGAAUGCGUCGGACAAGCUAUAUGA